CCUGCCGGCCUUGCAAAGGCCCUCAUUUUGGCAGAAAUUACAAUGUCGACCAGCCGCAAGCUAAAGAGCCAUGGCAUGAGGAGAGGAAAAAACCGAGCUCCUCACAAGGGUGUCAAGAGAGGAGGCAGCAAGAGAAAAUACCGGAAGGGCUGCCUGAAGAGUAGAAAACGGGGCGAUGAUGCAAGUCGCAACUACCGCUCCCACUUGUGAUGCGGCACAAUGAGCUCUGCCCUGGUGGACUUCAACAACACCAGACAGCAACUGGGGACAACAGAGGGGGACUGCCAAGGAGAUCGGAAGUUAGACCAAAGCCAGAGAAGAUCCUUAUCGAUCCUUCUCUGGGUACAAGCCAGUCGCGAUGAAGUAAGGAAUGUAUGUUGGCUGUUUCUCCCCAACAUCUCAAUAACAUUUUGAAAAACAAAUAAACUUGUGAAAACUGAAA